CCGCGUGGGUGCUGGACGAAUUGAGCUGGCAGGACGACCAUGAAAAAGGCGAGGAAGAUCGUGAUCAAGCCGUUCAAGCAGGCGCCGAGCGUGCCGGAAGGAUUCGAGGAGAAGGCAUGGAAGCACUUGGAGACGUCCUUGCUAUGUCUACAGCAUAAGUCGGACGCGACGGCGCUGUCCAACAGUUUGGGAUGGGAAGAAUUGUAUGGGCUGGUGACGGAUCUGUGCCACCAGAAGAAGGCAGCGUGGCUGUACGACCUCCUCCAGAAGCACUUGGCCGCAUACGUUGAACGAACGCUCAAGUGUGCAUGUGAAGAGCACGGCAUCCUGCUCAUGGAAAGCGCUGUCUUCGUCGAGCGGAUGGUCGGUAUUUGGGAAGAGUAUUGCAGCGACUUGCUCAUGAUUCGAAAUCUGUGCCUGUACUUGGAUCGAACGUACGUCAUUCAAACGACAAGCGUUGCGUCCAUCUACGACAUGGGCAUCGGCUGUUUCAAAGCGACGAUGCUGACGCUUCCCGCUCUCGAGGCCAAGGUCACGUCGGCGUUUCUCCAAGAAGUUGAGCGGGAACGAUACGGCGAAACGGUCCAGCGUCACCAUCUCAAGUCGCUCGUCCGCAUGGCGACAGCGCUGCACAUGUACACCAAGCUCGUGGAGCGCCCGUUCCUGGCGGCAUCCGAAGUCUUUUACGCACAGGAAGGACAACAGUUGCUCGAGACGGCAAGUGUCGGGUCGUUGUUGCUUCAUGUCGAGAAGCGCUUGGCGGAAGAACACAGUCGGGUCGCCAGUGUCCUGGAUGGCAACGUUGUCACGAAGAAGGGCAUUGUGCAGGUAUUGGAAUCGCAACUCCUAAGUCCCCAUGCAUCGCUCCUUCUCGAGCGCGGGUUCGACGAAUUGGCCACCGCCAAGCGCCUCGACGAUCUGCGUCGCAUGUACGACCUGUGGGGCCGCGUGAACCAACUGCCGCUUCUUCGGGCGAGUUGGGCCAAGUACAUUGCGUCGCGCGGCACGUCAAUCGUGAUGGAUGUGUCAGCAACGAGUACCGAUGUUGAAAAAGGCAUGGUGGCGUCGUUGCUGUCGUUCAAGGCCGAUUUGGAUGACAUUUUGCAAUCAGCGUUUGAUUUGGACCAGACGUUCGCCCAUGCACUGAAGGGGGCGAUGGAGCAAGCCGUGAACGCCAAAGCGUCUCGUCCAGCCGAAUUGAUCGCCAAGUUUGUCGACGCCAAGCUCAGGACGGGCAACAAGGACGGUUCUGAGCGCGACGUGGAAGCGCUACUGGAUCGCGUCAUGAUUUUGUUUCGAUACAUCCAAGGCAAGGACGUGUACGAAGCGUUUUACAAGAAAGAUCUGGCCAAGCGGCUCUUGCUCGGGCGCAGUGCAUCGUUCGACUUGGAGAAGAGCAUGAUCGCCAAGCUCAAAACCGAAUGCGGGAGCUCGUUCACGACCAAGUUGGAAGGGAUGUUCAAAGACAUUGAUUUGUCCCGCAAUGUCAUGACGCAGUUUCAGCAGCACGCCCCAAGCAGGAUGGCGCUGAGCCAGUUGGAACACAAGGUUGACAUGCACGUGCAAGUGCUGACGACGGGCUUUUGGCCGCCAUACGUGCCGACCGAAAUCAACUUGCCGCAAAGCUUGGCGCCGUCGAAAGCGAUUUUUGAGGCGUUUUACGCGUCCAAGUACAGCGGACGACAGCUCCAGUGGCAGCACUCGUUGGGCCACUGCCUGGUCAAGGCCACCUUUCCCAAGGGCCGCAAGGAGCUGGCCGUCUCGCUCUUUCAAGCCCUCGUUCUCCUUUGUUUCAAUCACAGCCGAGACGUGAUCGGGUUCAAGGAAAUCCUUGCUGAAACUGGUAUCGAAAUCGGCGAGUUGCGACGCACGCUGCAGUCGCUUGCGUGCGGCAAAGUUCGAGUGCUAAACAAGCAACCCAAGGGUCGGGACGUGGCUGACACGGACGAGUUUGUUUUCAACGCUGGGUUUACGAACCAGUUGAUGCGAAUCAAGAUCAACUCGAUCCAGAUGAAGGAAACGACCGAAGAAAACAUUGAAACACACGAAGCGGUCUUUCGCGAGCGGCAGUACCAAGUGGACGCAGCGAUCGUGCGCAUCAUGAAGGCGCGCAAGACGCUCAGCCACGCGCUCUUGAUGAGCGAACUGUUUGUGCAGCUCAAGUUUCCUGCCAAACCCGUCGACAUCAAGCGCCGCAUCGAGAGUUUGAUCGAUCGAGAGUACCUCGAGCGAGACAAGACCAACGCCCAAAUGUACAAUUACCUGGCGUAGGAAGAUGCAGACGUCCAUCGACAGAAAUACGUUUUGGCGGGAUUUGAAGCGGCUCGAUUUUGCUUGGGGAGAUGUAUGCCUAGCGCAUGCUAUGCGCCAGCGAUUGUCGAGGCAUGCAAGGUACACUAUCGAGGAGGUUUUGAGCACUUGGUCGUUGGGUGGCGUGCCCAAGUUGCGUUGAAGGAACGGACUAUAGACCAAUCUUGCUAUGACUAGCAGUAACAUUUUUAUGGCCGAA